AUGCACAUGGCCAGCCGGACGACUCAAGCCUGGCCCGCGCAUCGCACACGCCGGAAGAGGAUCAAUAAUGGCACUGAGCCUCAAGUACCCACCCGUCGCCGGCGACAUUCUGAGGACGCAGAUGAAGACAGCCCGCAGCGCGCGAAGAGACGGCGGAUCACUGACACCAGCAACGACGUCAAUAGUGACGCGGACUUAUGCAUUAUUUCCUGGUGGCAGAGGCCUGAGGGCCCGCAGACCACGCUUGGCUCUUCCCAAACGCUCUCUCCAAGCUCCUCUGACACUUCGUCGAACGGCGUCAACCUUUCCACCAUCAUCCACCCCUCGCACGAGACGCAAGCAGCCAGCCCAGGCGAAGAGAACUUCGACAACACAUCCGGCUUCUUCCUCACUCUGCCAGCGCCGUCGGACAUGAUCAUGGGCGCCUGCCGCGAGCUUGACAUCUCUCUCUCCUCGCUCCGGAAGCUCAUCGACGCCUACUUCACGCACAUGACCACCUUCUCCCUCUUCCACCAGCCCUCUUUCGGCGCCAAAAUCCAAAACGUCAAAUCCCCCGCCAUCCUGAAAGCUGGGUUCGCCGCCAUGCUCGCAUACUCCGCCCGCUUCGAAACGCCGCCACCCGAACGCGUCUCGCACGACUCCCUCGGCAGCGUCCUCGUCGGCACCCCCAGUCAAUCCCAAUUUCAUCGCCUGUCCCUGAAGUUUGUGGAGGACGCCAUCGCCGAGUGCGCCGACGAACCACCCUCUCUGUGUCUGGUCCAAGUUCUCAUCCUCACCACCUUCAACCAACUCAUUCAAGGCGUGCGUGGCCGGGCAUGGCGAUCACUCGGGCUCUGCGUGCGCAUGGCGUACGAGCUAGGGCUUCACGCGGUCGAUGCGGGGGAGCCGUAUGGCAGUAACCGGCGGCCGUCGCCGGUGGGCACAGACGCCGUCACGCGUUGGUGUUUUGAUGAGGAGCGGCGGCGCGCGUGGUGGGCCAUUUGGGAGAUGGACGCGUUCGCGAGCACGAUACGGCGCUGUCCGCUGGGCGUGGACUGGGCGGAGAUGGAGACGUGUCUGCCGGUAAGGGACAGCUGCUGGUUUGAGAGACGGUUUCAAAGGAGCUGCUUUCUGGAGGCCAGGCCGAUCGAGCGGGUGAGGGCGCUGAGGCAAUGCGGCAGCGAGAGUCCAGCGGCGUGGAUGGUCGUUGGGAUGGCGCUGAUGAGGGAGGCGCACCUGCUUUCGAAACCGAAAGGUCGACGGCAGACUGAAGAUGCGGCAGAGCGCGCAGCUGUUGUCAGUCAUGCUUUGCGUUGCUACUCGCUGUCUCUACCGGAUGGUCUGUGCUACCGCAAUGAGUAUCCUGGCUUCGAGCCUGGAGACUCGAAGAAUGCGGAGAGUGCGAAGUUUAAUAUUUACUGCAUGUCACAGCUGGCUACGCUCAUGCUGUAUCAGAACCAUCUGGGGCCAGAUCCUAAACGACCAUUCGAUCAUCCUGGACGGGCCACGAACGAUACGGACGUUGAAGGUCUCCGAGAAUGUAUCGAGGCAUCGAACAAUAUCUUUACAAUCAUCAAGAACAGCACCCGGGAUCAUGUCCAGCAUGUCAACCCCUUCAUUUCCAGCACAGUCUGGUUUGCUGCAGCGGCGCAGCUCUCGUACAAAUUCAUCGCACCCGCUGGAACGAACAUGGAGCUCAUAGAGGCAAAGGUCGACCUCCUCCGGAAGAAUUGCCAGCAAUACGCGGAUUUUUGGAACACUCCCGAUGCGCUCUUGGAGAACCUGUCUACUUUGGAAACUCAUCUUGAACGCCAGCUUGGUAAACAGAGCAGUACAUCGAAUCAAAAUACCGGGCCACAUUCUCAGGAGUGGGACAACCAGGUCGAAGUACCGUUGCUGUCGCCAGACUCGGCAAUCCCGCCUGGAUUCCAUGACGAUGAUUUAGCCAUAAAUCAGUCCAGAAACGAUUAUCACCCUCCAGCCGCAUCAGCAACCUUUGUCGAUCCUUUGACAGACUUGAGCAUGGCGAACAUGGGGAUAGAGCUGGACUUUUCGCUUGAUGUGGGGGACGCAUCGUUGUGUCUUGACAGCCUUCUUUUCGAUAGUCACACAACAUAA